GAAAGGCCGCCGGCCGCUCUUCCUGUCAGGCUGUGUUUUGGUCUCUGUGCGAGCGGCGGAGGGGGACGAGGAGGAGCCCCGCGGAGGCUCGUCGAGUGAAAUACUCAAGAUGUCUUCCAUCUCUACUUCCUGUUCUCCUUCCCAACUAACUGUGGCAUCACAAGUUCCUUUUGAAGAUCUCUGUUCAACAUUAGAACGAAUACAAAAAUGCAAAUCCCGACCUGAGAAAACCAAGAAUUUCAAGGAGUUUUUAGAUUCCUGGAGGAAAUAUCAUGAUGCGCUUCAUAAAAAUGAAAAAGAUGUAGCAGAUUCUUUUUAUCCAGCAAUGAGGCUUAUUCUUCCACAGUUGGAAAGAGAAAGGAUGGCUUAUGGAAUUAAAGAAACCAUGCUUGCUAAGCUGUAUAUUGAGCUCUUAAAUUUACCCAAAGAUGGAAAAGAUGCUUUAAAACUCUUAAAUUAUCGAACACCUACUGGCUCACGGGGAGAUGCUGGAGACUUUGCUAUGAUUGCCUAUUUUGUGUUGAAACAAAGGUGUCCCAGGAAAGGUCAACUGACCAUAAAACAAGUGAACGAUAUUUUAGAUUCCAUUUCUAAUAAUAAUGCUGCCAAAAGGAGGGAUCUGGUCAAGAAGAGCCUUCUUCAGUUAAUAACUCAGAGUUCAGCACUUGAACAGAAAUGGUUGAUCAGGAUGAUCAUAAAAGAUUUGAAACUUGGUGUCAGCCAGCAAACCUUACUUUCCAUCUUUCAUCCUGAUGCUUCAGAGUUGCACAAUGUUACAACUGAUUUGGAGAAAGUCUGUAGACAGUUACACAAUCCUUCUGUAUUUCUUAGUGAUGUUUCUAUUACAUUAUUUUCUGCCUUUAAACCGAUGCUUGCUGCUAUUGCUGAUAUACAACAAAUUGAAAAACAAAUGAACAACCAGAGUUUUUACAUAGAAACCAAAUUAGAUGGUGAGCGAAUGCAGAUGCACAAAGAUGGAGAUGUUUACAAGUAUUUUUCCCGAAAUGGGUAUGAUUAUACUCAGCAGUUUGGAGCUUCUCCCUUGGAAGGUUCAUUGACUCCAUUUAUUCAUAAUAUCUUCAACAAAAAUAUUCAGAACUGCAUUCUGGAUGGUGAAAUGAUGGCCUACAAUCCCACCACACAGAACUUUGUACAGAAGGGUAGCAAAUUUGACAUCAAAAAGAUGUCAGAUGAUUCAGAAUUACAGACAUGCUUCUGUGUGUUUGAUGUUCUCAUGGUUAAUAACCAAAAAUUGGGUCAUGAGAUGUUGAGCAAAAGAUAUGAGAAACUGAAUGAGAUAUUUACACCAAUAGAAGGUCGUUUGCAGUUUGUUCCUAAAAAUCAAGCUAACACUCAGAAAGAAGUAAUAGAUUCUCUAAAUGAAGCAAUAGAUAACAGAGAAGAAGGAAUUGUGAUAAAAGAUCCCAUGUCAAUUUACAAGCCGGACAAACGUGGGGAAGGAUGGUUCAAGAUCAAACCAGAGUAUGUUAGUGGACUAAUGGAUGAACUAGACCUUUUAAUUGUUGGGGGCUACUGGGGAAAAGGUCUUCGUGGUGGCAUGAUGUCACAUUUUUUAUGUGCAGUUGCUGAGACUCCUCUGCCUGGUGAAAAACCAUCAGUGUUUCACUCCAUUUGUCGUGUUGGUUCUGGUUACACUAUGAAAGAACUUUAUGAUCUUGGCUUGAAAUUAGCCAAAUAUUGGAAACCUUAUCGUAAAAGAGAUCCUCCUUUUAAUAUCUUGUGUGGAACUGAGAAGCCUGAAGUCUAUAUUGAGCCUUGUAAUUCAGUCAUCGUCCAGAUUAAAGCAGCAGAGAUUGUGAGCAGUGAUAUGUACAAAACUGAUUAUACAUUACGUUUCCCUCGUAUUGAGAGGAUAAGAGAAGAUAAAGAAUGGCAUGAUUGUAUGACUCUUGACAUUCUAGAGCAACUCAGAGGUAAAGCUUGUGGAAAGCUAGCGACUAAGCACUUUGAUAUAGAUAAUGAUGAGCCACAAGGAAAGAAACGUAAAACUGUGCCCAAGAUUAAAAAAAAAAUUGGUUUAAUAGAUCAUUUUAAAGCUCCUGAUCUUUCAAAUGUAAACCAGAUUUCUAGCAUAUUUGAAGAUGUUGAGUUUUGUGUUAUGACAGGGACGCAAAAAUAUUCAAAAUAUCAGCUGGAAAGUAAAAUAGCGGAAUAUGGCGGCAGCAUAGUCCAGAAUCCUGGUUUGGACACCUAUUGUGUGAUUGCAGGAAUUGAGAAUGUCAGAGUGAAAAAUAUUAUUUCUUCUGACAAGUAUGAUGUCGUGAGAGCGGAGUGGCUUUUGCAGUGCUUUCAAUCCAAAACAUUUGUACCCUGGCAGCUUGAUUUCAUGAUUCACAUGUCUCCAGAAACAAAACAACAUUUUGCCUGUGAAUAUGACUGCUAUGGUGAUAGUUACACAGGUGAUAUUGAUAUUGCCAAACUAAAGCAGGUGUUCUCAAGAAUGAAUAACUUUCAGGCAGAGAUCUCUCAGGAUGCAAUUGCUGACAUAGAAGCACGUUAUUCAUGGGAAAGCUCUCCACUAAGUAUGUUUAGGCAGCACACAAUUUACCUGGCUCCUGAUGAAUUGAUUAAUUCAGGUGCUAGGAUUAAACAAACAAAACUAUUAACUGCAGCACUGAUACUUCGAUUUCAUGGAGCAAAAGUGGUUCAACAGCUUGAAGAGGGUGUGUCCCAUGUAAUCUGUGGAGAUCAUGCUCAUUUGAAGGAGAUAAAGACUCUGAGAAGAACGUUCAAAAGGAAGUUUAAAAUUUUGUCUGAGCAGUGGGUAAAGGAUUCUAUAAAGACUGGCAAGUUACAAAAUGAAAAUGCUUACUUAAUUUAAAUCAUUUCAUUUAAUAGGAAAAUAAUUACUUUGAUUAACUUCAUUUAUCUAUUUAAUGAAUUCUGCCAGGCUCUUUUUAAUACUUCACUUCAUUUUGAAGUUUGUAGAUAAAGUUUCACAAGUAUGAACAUGGAAGAAAAGCUUUCAGGUGUGGUGGUGAAAAUUAGGUUAUUUUUUUAAAAAACAACCCUCCAUUUUAUUGAGCUGCAGCUAGUACAUUUAUAGAGCUGCUUUGGUCAAAUAUUUGUUAAACAUAAACCCAACUUGCAAAUGAGUUAAACUGGAGAAAGUGGACCUGAAGUAAUUUAGUCUACUUAAACCCAAUAGGACUAUAAACUAAGCAAGUGUAACCACCUCCAGUACUGUGGAUCUAGUCCAGGCUUCCUCAACCUUGGCCCUCCAGAUGUUUUUGGCCUACAACUCCCAUGAUCCCAAGCUAGCAGGACCAGUGGUCAGGGAUGAUGGGAAUUAUAGUUUCAAAACAUCUGGAGGGCCAAGGUUGAGGAAGCCUCAUCUAGUCACUGUGCUGGGCUCUGUAGAGCUCUGCCGACACAGCUGCCAGUGAGGAUCCAGGCGUCGCCACUGUGGCAGCCUGUGGCUUGUCCCACAUAGGUAUUUUUAGACUUCAGUCCUACAGGAGUGGUACAGAAGGUGGUUGAACUGCCUUCUCCAACUCUGCUCUUCCUGGCAGGAAAGAAAUGAGGGUGGAUAAGUGAUCUUGCACUCCUGUCCUUUUAACGGAUGUUUUUAUAAAUAACUAUUUUCCUCCCACUGGGAAAAAACUUUAGGGGAAACUGGGGGAGAGAUUCACAGCAGCUUGGGGCCCUUACCAGAGUUGGAGCUUCAAAAGCUGUUAGAUGUUUCCAUAACUGUUGUGUGGUGGAUCUGGCAUUUUAUUUCUCCAUCAUCGAUGGACAGGGAGCUCUUGAUGUUUCCUCGGACUCUUGGGAUAUAUUUCUGGGGUCACAGGAUUGCAGUUUGCAGAUUAUAAUUUGUAUUUAAAAGUCUAAAAAUAAAUAAAUCCAGGCAUUCAUCCUUUGAAAGAAAGCUCUGUAAAUAACUAUACAAAUAAAAUACUUUU